AUGGGAGCCCUCAUUCACCUGGAGGUACAAACAGGGUUUGGUGGCUCACUCUUAGGGGAACACAAUGGAAUGGAGGAUCAGAGGAUUCAGAGGUUAAAGAGCCACUUGAAAUCUGAUCGCUCCGGGAAGGCUCUCUGUCCUUGGGAGGAGAGAACCCAGAGCACUUCCUCCCAAAGGAGGAAGAGAAGGGAAUUAGCAAAGGAGUGUUUUCCCCUGGAGUUUCCGCAGCAGAUUGCCAGCUGCAUACUCCUCCUUUUCUUGCCUGCCUGCCUCUCCCGACACGCUCCUGGGCUGCCUUCAAAACUCCACGUUCCCCGAGCGGCUUUGCACCCUCACCAUCGCUGCUACGCUCCCGAGGAGCUGUCCCAAGGCCAGCUUCCCUUCCACCUGGUAGGCAAAGGUGCCCGGUCGGCCCGUUCCCUGCCCGCUACCCUAGUCCCCAGCCUGGAAGCCGGGAGGCCAGCUGGGGGACAGAGACAUCAAGAGCCCCAGUGCCCAAUUCUCCAGUUCGAAGACACUCACGAGGAAGUCCAACAGCGAUCCCUGUCUCCUUGGAGAUACCGAAUUGACAUGGAUGAAAACCGGUACCCCCAAAAGUUGGCCUUUGCAGAAUGCCUGUGCAAAGGUUGUAUUCACAUGAAAUCAGGUCAGGAGACAUCUUCAUUCAACUCGGUCCUCCUUCAUCAGAAAUUAAUGGUCCUCCACCGCAAGCCCUGCUCUCUGAAUGGAGAUGCUCAAGUAACUCCAGGGGCCUUCACUUUCCAAAAAGAGUACAUCGAUGUUCCUGUGGGCUGCACCUGUGCCCUGCCCCGCUCUGGCUAAGAAGGAAGGAUCAGCUGGAGCUGGCAGGCUCACUUAACCCCUGAAGGAGCCUGGAGUGGUGAAAAGAGCCUUGUGUUUGGAAUCAAGAGACCUGAACUGAAAGCUUGGCUCUGCUACUACCAGUGGGACCUUGGGCAAGUCAAUUCUUCAAGCCUCAGUUUUCUUAACUGUAAAAUAAGAAAAUUGAAUUAGAUGACCCCCAAGGUCUCAUCUGGUUCUGAACCCCGUGAGCCUCUGAACCUAGAUGAAGGACGGUAUCCAAGGGAGUCCCAAACAGUUUAUUUUUUUACCCCAUCGAAGACAAGAAAGCUCUCCCUCUUCCCUGUGGAUCUCCUCGAUGUCUCUGGAAUGCUGGACAGAGGGAUAUGCCUGACCCACAAUUUUUGAUUAUUGAUGCUACUGUCAGCUUUGGGUCCAUUGUGGACUUUCUCCUGGCCUUUGAAUCUGAGGUCCCCCAAGAGCCUCCAUUCUCUGGGCACCUGCUAGUCCAGUGUUGGCCCUUCCCAAGGAUGAGUGGAGAACACAGGCUUGUUCUUCAUAGCUACUGGCUCACUUUCUAUGCUGUCCUUCAUUCUCUUGCCUGGCGGGAUGGAUGCUGAGGACAGGGCUGGGGUUGGGGCCAGGGAAGUUACAUUUUUAAUGACAUA